AUGGGAAGGACCUGCCUUCUGGAAGCUGCUGCUCCCUGGUGCUUGGAAAGGUACCACAUCCAGUUCAUUGACGGUGGUUAUUUCAUUUAUUCCUCACUGCAACCCUGCAAGGAGUGGCUGAGACCUCAGGGGAGUUCGGCUCCAGGAGUAGGUGACAGCCUGCUGGAGACUCCGCUGAUGACGUUGCUGGCGUUCAGAAGACAGUCGUCAUCCUGUGGGUGGAAGGAUGCGGUGCUGAACCCAGCCGCCUCUUGUGCCUUCUCCGUUCUUUCCUGCACAGCCCAGCCCUCAACCCUCCAGAAGCGGGGACUGGAUCCGUUUCCCCAUGCUGCUGGAGAGCUGCAGAAAGCCUAG